GGACGAGGAGGAGGAAGAAGAGGAGGAUCAAUGCGUCAGUCGUUCACGACUUUCUUAUGAAGAUGAGAAAGAUGAGGAUGGCGAUGAAGAGUCUCUCGCCUGGCGGUCCGGCAACAUCUUGAAAAGACUUCCUGACCAUGGGAGACGCGGAGCGGCCGCAGAUGGAAGGCAACGCCCUCCUCAAAGCCGUCUCCCAGGGGAAGCUGAGGCUGACCCGUCUGCUGCUGGAGGGCGGGGCCUACGUCAAUGAGGGGAACGAGCUAGGCCAAACCCCGGUGUCAGCGGCCUGCCUGGCCGACUACGAGGACCCUCAGACCCGCUUGCGCAUGGUGCGCUACUUGCUGGAGAAGAGUGCUGACCCCAACAUCCCAGACAAGAGCGGCAGAACGGCCUUGAUGCACGCCUGCGCCAAGCGGGCCGGGAAGGAAGCCGUCUCCCUCUUGCUGGAGAAUGGGGCCGACCCCAGUCUCAAAGACUACUCGGGAUGCUCGGCCCUCAUGCUUGCCCUGAACAAGGGUGACCGUGACACCCUGCAGGUCCUGCUGGAUGCCUGCAGGGCCAAAGGCAAGGAGGUCAUCAUCAUCACUACCGACACGUCACCAUCCGGUACCAAAAAGACAAAGCAGUACCUAAACUCUCCUCCGUCUCCGGGCGUGGCCGACAAGGUGUCCCCCGAGUGCACACCCGCCGCCUGCAUGUCUCCAUCGGACGUGGAGAUCGUCACCUCAUCUCCGGCGGGGUGCGACACGGGAGGAGAUGAGGAUCGAAUCUUCAGCUUCCCGCUGGCCUCUGCGUUGCCGCUACUCGACAGCAGGCCUCAGGGAGACAAGAGAGCGGCGGCAGAGGCACCUCCUCGCAAGCUGCUCAAGAGGCUCAACUCAGAGCCUUGGGGUCUGGUGGCCCCCUUUGCCUCGGGCGGGCUUCCUCAGGAGAGCGUCAGGGGGCUUCUGGAGGAAGCGGAGGGUGUCUGCCGUCUCAGUCAUCGAAUGAACGGACUGUGCCUCAGCGAGUCUGCCAGACCUCAGUUGUCACGCCAACACAGCAUCGAGACCCACGAGCCUUGUUCCCCAGAAGGCACGGAGCAGCCCUGCUCCGAGGUCCUCGCCCACUCCUCCUGGGUGGACGAGGUUCAGCAGCACCAAACGUUACAUUGCAGGAAACCACCGCCGGAGUCCCAGGAGCACGCCGCUGGUCCACAGAGCUUGGUAUAUCCCACACUGACCCGGACGGAGUAUUACGAGACUGACGGGCACGCGGACCCAGAAUCCAUCCCCGCAUCCCCUGAAUCUGGGGGGGUGUCUGUGGAGCGGAGGAGGUACAAUGCGUCCCCCCUUUCCCUGGUCGCCAGCUCAUCUCGGGAGUCUCUUGAGAACAUCCCCAACCCCGUGUCCCCUGCGGCAGCGCGUCGCCGGAGCCCCGGACUCCUGGAGCGCCGCGGCUCCGGCACCUUACUCCUGGAUCGCAUCGCCCACACCAGGCCCGGUUUCCUGCCACCGCUCAACAUCAACCUCCAGAGACCCAUCCCAGAUAUCCGCUGCAACAGCAAGCCCCCCUCGCCGGUCCACCCCGCUCACAAAAUCUGGGUUCCCGUGUUCCCAGCUUCGCCCAAACGCGGUCCCGAGUUCAAGGUGAAAAAAAAGCUCACGAGGAGGCACUCCAUGCAGACGGAGCAGAUGAAGCAGCUCUCCACAUUCCAAGAGAUUCUGGCUGAGAAGGUCAUGGAGUCAAACGGUGAUUGACAUCUUCAUGGAUGGGCCAACCGUUUCUGCUCAUCAACGAGGUGUCCCGCUAAGAAACAUCUCUUUGGCACAGGCUUUGCCAUGUUUGAUCACGUCACUUUCCUAAUUAGACACACAAAGAGGCAACAUACAUACUGGAUAUUGAUGUGUAAGCUUAAUUAUUUGGUAAAAUAUAUGUUCUCAACGUGGAUCGGAUCUAUCUUAGCUCAGGCCGACAGAGUGUUGAUGGGUGGAGCUUAUGUGUUUGAUAUCUUUUCAUCAUCCGAGGUAGAAGCUGUGACCGUCGGGCCGGGGGACUGCCGAGGCUCCGGCUGGAGGACGUCUUCGUCGGUCUCAAGACCACCGGAAGGUUUUGCGGGAUCACUGCUUGUUCAUUUGAAUGGAGAGCUCGCGAUGUGCGCUGCCUGCUAAUGUUUUUCUUUUUUUUUUUUUUAUCCACAAGUUUGAAUAUUUCUUCAAUCUGUACGCAUGAAAUACCGUUUUUUUCCGUGUAUAGUGCGCAAAAUUUAACUAAUUUAUUGUCCUAAAAUCUGGGGUGCGCAUUAUA